AAAGUUGGUACGGACGACGUCGAAUCCGCAAUCCUCUCCAUUUACCCAUCAAUCUCCGUCACCUCUCAACUUCAACUCCAUCCAACACCGCAACGCCGUCAAUUCACCUCGUCCAUUCCUAUUCUCCAUAAAUCCACCCUCGAUUGAUAAACCCUAGUCAAAAUGGUCCAACUCCAAGAAGUCGAGGACGAGCACUACGCCCAGGAGAAGCCCCAGGCCACCAAGAACAACGUCCUUCUUGCCUCGGAUGACGAGGAUGACGACUACACUGAUACCGAGUCUGAGAUCUCCGAGGACUCCGAUGUCGAGCUCGAUGGCGAGACUUUCUACGAGCGUCUGUCCGCUCUGAAAGAUAUCAUCCCUCCCUCCGCCCGCCGCCAGGUCACCAGCACAGUUUCUUCCAUCACCUCAUUCACAAAGUCUAGUCUCAUGUUCAGCGGUCGGGCACUCUGGGUUAUCAGCACCAGUGCUUUCCUUGUCGGUAUCCCAUUCGCGCUCGCCUAUGCAGAGGAGGAGCAGUACGUGCAGAUGGAGCGUGAGCAGGGCAUGAUCAAGGGUGCCAAUGAGAUGCUCACCCCUGGUGCGGUUUCCGAGGAGCAGAGGCAGGCUCAACCUACCCUGUAAAUGGACGGCGCUAGCGAAGGCGAAGACCGCAACAGGUGUCAAUGAUCAGCCAUCAACAGCCUUAACCUAUAGUCUAUGCUCGAAUCGCCUGUUGCUGUAGAGCCUGCAGCAUUGUACGCCAUC